AUGGGGGGCGGCCCCCAAGGCAAUUCCACUCGGCUGAACGAGUUGCUCGAACAGAUUAGGGUCGAGUUUGAUACUCAGAUGCGCGCGACGGAAAACUACGAGCAUCAGAUUGCCGCGCAAGUCAGUGAAAUGCAACUGGUCCGUGAAAAGGUCUAUCAGAUGGAGCAAACUCAUCUCAGCCUUAAGCAGAAGUACGAAGAUGAGAUUAGUGCUCUGCGACACCAACUCGAGGCUGCUCGAAAGGGAGGCAUCCAACCUGGCAUUCCCGGCCCGCCUCAACAUGCCGCGCCCUCCCAGCAGCCUCCUUCUAUCGCUCCUGGCAAUGGUCUUUUCAGUGGCAUCAUGGCUGGCGGUAGCCAGGGAGGUCUCGUUCCUCCUCAGCCAGGCCAGCAGCAGGGUCAGCAGGGCCAGCCUCAGGGUGCGCAGCAGCAGCAGCAAACGCAGCAGGGACAUGCUCCUCCCCAGGAGCAGCCGCUGGGACCUCAGCACCAAAUGGGCCAAGGGCCUCCUGGACUUCCCGUCCCCCCUCCUCACCCUAACGCGCAGCAAGCACCUUACUCUCAGAACUAUCCUCCGGGCCCUGUCUCCAAUGGGAUGGGCCCCCAGCCGCAGAGCACCGCCUCUCCUGGCCCUGGUAGAAGGGGUAUCGGUCGUCCACCAGGUGCCGUCGGACCUGCUACACCCCAGGUUAAUACCCCCGUGCCUUACCCUGGAAGUGCAGCCUCCCCUCAAGUCAGCCAUCCAACUCCUGAACACGGUCGAAUGGGAGGCCCACAUGCUCCCGCCGUUGGCAACGCUCUUGGAGACCUUGAAGUUGACUCUGUGGCCCCUCAUAAUAAGAAGACUGGGCAGGAUUGGUAUGCGAUUUUCAACCCUCAGGUCCAGCGUGUCCUGGAUGUGGACCUUGUCCACUCUCUAAACCACGAAAGUGUCGUAUGCUGUGUCAGGUUCAGUCAUGAUGGCAAAUAUGUUGCAACUGGUUGCAAUCGAUCUGCCCAGAUCUUUGAUGUUCAAACUGGUGAAAAGGUUUGCGUGCUCGAGGACCAUAAUGCCUCUGAUAUGAGCGCCGAUCUCUACAUUCGCAGUGUCUGCUUUAGUCCCGAUGGCCGCUACCUGGCUACUGGUGCUGAAGACAAGUUGAUUCGAGUAUGGGAUAUCCAAACUCGAACCAUUCGAAAUCACUUUUCUGGUCACGAGCAAGAUAUUUACUCGCUCGACUUUGCUCGUGAUGGUCGAACAAUUGCCUCAGGCAGUGGCGAUAGAACUGUACGCCUGUGGGAUAUUGAACAAGGCACAAACACUCUCACUCUGACAAUAGAGGAUGGCGUCACGACUGUCGCCAUCUCUCCCGAUACCCAAUUCGUUGCUGCAGGCUCACUCGACAAGAGUGUGCGUGUAUGGGACAUCCAUUCCGGCUUCCUUGUCGAGCGUUUGGAAGGACCUGAUGGCCACAAGGAUAGCGUCUACUCGGUUGCCUUCUCGCCCAGUGGUAAGGACCUUGUUUCCGGCAGUCUCGAUAGGACUAUCAAGAUGUGGGAGCUCAGCGCCCCUCGUCAAGGAAACCAGCCUGGUCCUAAGGGUGGCAAGUGUGUCAAAACCUUCGAGGGCCACCGCGAUUUUGUUUUAUCAGUUGCUCUCACCCCCGAGGCCAACUGGGUACUGUCUGGUUCCAAGGACCGGGGCGUGCAGUUCUGGGACCCUAGAACGGGUACGACGCAACUCAUGCUGCAGGGACAUAAGAACUCCGUUAUCAGUGUUGCACCUAGCCCACAAGGAAGAUACUUUGCCACUGGCUCUGGCGACAUGAAGGCUCGUAUCUGGUCUUACCGUCCCUAUUCCUGA